AUGUUGAGUAAAAAACGCAAAAUCGACAGCGAAAAUAAGAAGUUUAUGAACAAGUGGAAUGAACUAUAUUGUUUUGUAUUGCCUGAAAGGGUUGGAGCCAUUCCAGUCUGUUUAAUUUGCAAUUCAACUGUUGCUAUUAUUAAAAGUGGAAAUUUAAAACGGCAUUAUGAAAAUACUCAUAAAGAUUUUCAUACAAAAUUUCCUCCAGGCAAUGAGAGUGAACAAGAGAAAUCAACUAAAGCAGCGUUGCGUGUUUGCUGGGUUCUUAAUAAGCACCAAAAACCGUUUUCCGAUUCCGAAAUAGUAAAAGAGUGUAUGUUGGAAGUGGUCACUGCACUUUUUCAAGAAAAUAAAAAAAUCGUUACCUCUAUCCAAGAUAUUCCUUUGUUGGCAAGGAAGCCGACAAGAUUAUUGUAUCAAUUUGACAAUUAUAUUGUUGCUGCUAGGAAUAAUGUUGAUUCAAUCAAUGAUUCUUGUUGA